AUGGCUGAAGGCACGCGUCUCCGUCACCUAGAUGAAUCUGUCAAGGCCUUACAGGACCGCGCCACCGCUCACGAUGAUGCUCUUCAGGAGUUGCGUACUUCCAUGAUUGGUCACCAAACUUCGAUAGCUGAUAUCUCCACCCAACUAAUUGUUCUCACCGGUCAGUUGGAGCAGGUCUUUCGUCUGGCUCCGGCGUCACCCGAUCUACGCCCUGGUAUUCUCCCCAUUCCCGGUGCUCCAAUCCACACCGAUCCUGCUCCUGCUCCCCCGAUCCAGGGCCGCACUGUUCAUUUGGAAUUCCCACGCUUUGUCGGCACCGAUCCAACGGGGUGGAUAUUCAAGGCGGAGCGAUUUUUCGAUUAUCACCGGACUCCCGAUGACCAGCGAUUACUGAUCUCCUCCUUCCACAUGGACGAUGAGGCUUUACAAUGGUUUCAAUGGAUGUAUCGAUCGGCUCAGUUCACCACUUGGGCGCAAUUCACCAGGGCUUUGGAGGUUCGUUUUGGUCCCACUGAGUUUGAUGACCCGCAGGCUUCUUUGGCUAAACUCUCUCAGAUUACCACCGUGUCGGAGUACCAGUCUCGCUUCGAGACUUUGGCCAACCGCACGACAGCCAUUCCACCUUCCUUUUUGGUGAGUUGCUUUAUCUCCGGCUUACGGCCGGACAUUCGCAACGAAGUUAUGGCAUUUCGCCCUGCCACUAUGUCUCACACGGUGAGUCUCGCGCGCCUGCAAGAGGCCAAGUUGCUGGAGCUUCGCCGCCCCCUGUUCCGUUCGUCGACUGCUCGUGGUUCCUCUUCGCUACCAGUACCUGCUAUUCCCCUAUCCACGGCUCCUGCCCCCCCCAUGGCACUGCCACCGGCACCUUCGCGCUUCCCUAUUAAGCGUUUAUCUUCGGCCGAGAUGCAGCAGCGUCGUGAUAAAGGGCUCUGCUACAACUGCGACGAGCGAUUCACGAUCGGCCAUCGUUGCAAGAAUCGUAUGCUGUUUCUCCUUGAACCAGAUGACGGGCCUCCCUCCGUUGUUCCCACUGAGGACUUUGUGUCCAUCGAGAUCCAUGACACCGCCAGCCCGGACGUGGAGCCUUCCCCGGAGCUUUCGUAUCACUCCUUGAUUGGCAGCAACAACCCUUCUACUCUCCGGUUUACUGGCUAUUUGGCUGGCUCCCCAAUCCAGAUUCUGGUCGACGGUGGCAGUACGCACAAUUUUAUACAAAGUCGCGUAGCGCGCCACCUGAAUUUGCCGAUUGAAGCCGCCCCUCGUAUCAACGUCAUGGUUGGUAGCGGUAAUCGCCUACAGUGCGAAGGCAUGAUCAAACACUUACAGGUAUCCGUUCCCCCUCGCUCCUUCGUUAUUGACACUUAUGUACUGCCGCUAUUUGGAGCAGAUUUAGUACUCGGAGUACAGUGGCUAGCCACCUUGGGUCCUGUAGUUUUUGACUAUAGUGUGCCUGCACUUGAAUUUCACGUUGGAUCUGAGCGAAUUCGUCUGACUGGAGAUUCCACUUUAGUUCCUCCUCCACUGCAAUAUCAUAGUAUGCGCAGAUUACUUGAUACUGAUUCAUUGGCUGAGAUUUUUUGUUUGGAAUCCCAACCAUUAUCCCUUCCCCAACCAUUUGUGAUAAUGUCGCACUCAAUUCUCUAUUGCAACACCAUGCCACUGUCUUCACCAUUCCCCACUCUUUGCCCCCUCCACGUCCACAAGACCAUGCCAUCCACCUUCUACCUGACAUCCAACCAGUAA